GUGAAAUAGCCGUAUUUUUUAAAAAUAAUGUAUGAGUAAACUUUCUUUAUUUCCACUCGACUUCCACAAGUCUACUAUAAGAGGAAAGGAAUAUAGUGAGACAAAAGAAACAUACCAUAAAACAUGACUAACCUUUUCUCUUCAAUAAUGUUUGAUCCUUUGUGUUCACAAAAUAAUGAAAUAUUCCUAGAUAUUUCUGAUUUUGUACCUUCAACUCAAUUUGAAGGUGAUCAAAUAACCCCAAUAUUACUAGAGCCGCAACACAAUUAUGAUCUUGACAAUCUCUUUAACGAAAUCCCCACUUUUAUAGAAGACCCUCCUCUAAAACCAAACCUUAAUCGUAAAAAACGAUCAUUAGCCAUUGUUCAUGAUCAAGAAAACAAUGGCAUAAACCCUUACGAUAGCAAGAAAAAGAAGAAGAUCAUACAUAGAGAAAUCGAACGAAAACGAAGACUUGAAAUGUCUUCCCUUCAUACAUCUCUAAAAUCUCUCCUUCCUGUUGAAUACACUAAGGGAAAGCGAUCGAUAUCGGAUCAUUUGGGAGAGGCAGUGAAGUACAUAAAACAAAUGCAACAAAAGAUGCAAGUGUUGAAUGAAAAAAGAGAUACCCUUACAAAAGAAGUGUCAAAACUUGAAGGGCACAAAAAAUAUGAUAAUGAUGUGAUUGUGAAUGUUAAGAAAGAAAAUGUAGAGGUGAUUGUGAGUAGUAAUUGUAGAGAAGAUGAUGAAAAUGAAGGUCAAGGGUUACCUCUAUCAAAGGUUCUUCAAUGUUUAGUCCAAGAAGGGUUAGAUGUGCUCAGCUCUACUUCAAAGAAAAUCAACACUAUUUUUGUUCAUUCUAUUCAAGCUCAGGCAGGAGAGGAUGGCAAGAUUGCCAUUGAUGCAACAAAUCUCAAGAAUAAAAUAGCUGAUAUCCAGAGAUGAACGAUUUUUUAUUCUAAAUUAUUAUUUGAUUUUCAACUUUGAAAAUAAGGAGUGAUGGGGAAUUUAAUUAGGGGUGAGGGGUGUACCUGGUAUUAUUUAAUCUUUAAUGUGCUAAAUAUAUUGGAUCUGUAAUUUCAGACUAGAAGUGAUAAACAUUUCUGCAAGGUUUUGUUUUGUCUUCUUGUAAAUCUAUCUAUUACUCAAGCUAUCCUUGAAUAAAAGUGUGCUAAUGAAUUAAGGGCACAAAUGGGGAGAUUGAAUUGGGGACUAUGUUAUUAUAUCUUUCACCACCAUUUGUAGACUAUGUUAAUUUUAUGUACCUUUUGGGAAUUGAUGUGAUAUUGGAUU